CUAAAAGAGUUAAAUACGACAUGUACUGUAUGUGCUGUGAGGAGUGGGCUGAUAGAUCACGUGACUAUACGGGAAGCAGUAAGCAGUCCGUGUUUUUUCAGACACAGUACAAUGGCAGACGGUUGUGUUACAGUGGAUCAGAACCAGUUUAUGUGUCCGGUGUGUCUGGACCUCCUGCAGGACCCAGUGACGAUUCCCUGUGGACACAGUUACUGCAUGAGCUGCAUCACAGACUGCUGGAAUCAGGAGGAGCAGAAGCGAAUCUACAGCUGUCCUUUAUGCAAACAGAGCUUCACUCCGAGACCUGCUUUAGCUAAGAAUGUGGUGCUUGCUGAAAUGCUGGAGAAACUGCAGAAGAGCAGACUCCAGAUGGCUGCUCCUGCUUCUGUUCACACUGGAUCUGGAGAUGUGGAGUGCGACGCCUGCACUGGAAAUAAGCAGAAAGCUGUGAAGUCCUGUCAGGAGUGUAGAAACUCUUAUUGUCCAGAUCACCUCCAACAGCACGAGAGUCUCUUCAGAGGUCGAGGACACAAUCUGAUGGAGGCCACUGGACGACUGCAGGAGAUGAUCUGCCCUCAGCAUAAUAAAGUGAUGGAGAUUUACUGCCGCACCGACCAGCGCUGCAUCUGUGUGCUGUGUUUGGUGGACGAACACAAAAAUCACGACACUGUGACAAUCACAGCGGAAAGGAGAGAGAAAAAGGAACAUUUGGAGGAGAACCAGAGAAACUUACUAAUAAUAAUCCAGAAGAGAGAGGAAGAUCUUCUUAAACUGAGAGACGCUUUUGGGAUUCAUAAGCGCUCAGCACAGUCGGCAGUGGAGGACAGUGAGAGGAUCUUCACUGAACUCAUCCAGGAUAUUGAGAAACGUCGCUCUGAGGUGAAUCAGCUGAUCAGAGAUCAGGAAAGAGCCGCUGUGAGUCGAGCUGAAGAACAACUGGAGCGACUGAAGCUGGAGAUCAAUGAUCUGAAGAGGAGAAACACUGAGCUGAAGCAGCUUUCAGAAACACAGGAUCAUCUUCACUUCCUCCAGAGUUUCCCGUCUGUUUCUCUCUCUGGAUCUUCAGAUUCAGGCUUCACUGUCAGUUCUCAUCUGUGUUUUGAUGAUGUGGUGAAAUCAGUCUCUCAGCUCAGAGACAGACUGCUGCAGUUCUCCUCAAAUAUGAUAGAAGAGAUUUCUAAAACAGUGAAAACAGUUCAGGUCACUCAGACUCCUGAAGAUCAGACCAGUGAGGAGUUUCAACAACAUUCUCAUCCAGUGUUGGAGGGGUCUUCUGACGGCCCAAAGAUCCCAAAUCCAGUAAACCUUCUUGAGCCAAGGGAGUCCAAAUGCUUGUCCCCCUCCACUGUAAGCUCAUUAAGCUUUGGAACCACCUCCUCUGUAAACCCACCUAGCUUUAGAACCACCACCUCUGUAAACCCAGCUAGCUUUGGAACCACCACCUCUGUAAACCCACCUAGCUUUGGAACCACCUCCUCUGUAAACCCACCUAGCUUUAGAACCACCACCUCUGUAAACCUACCUAGCUUUGGAACCACCUCCUCUGUAAACCCACCUAGCUUUGGAACCACCACCUCUGUAAACCCACCUAGCUUUGGAACCACCACCUCUGUAAACCCACCUAGCUUUGGAACCACCACCUCUGUAAACCCACCUAGCUUUGGAACCACCACCUCUGUAAACCCACCUAGCUAUGGAACCACCUCCUCUGUAAACCCACCUAGCUUUGGAACCACCUCCUCUUUAAACCCACCUAGCUUUGGAACCACCUCCUCUGUUAACCCGCUUAGCUUUGGAACCCCCACCUCUGUUAACCAGCUUAGCUUUAGAACCACCUCCUCUGUUAACCCGCUUAGCUUUGGAACCCCCACCUCUGUUAACCCGCUUAGCUUUGGAACCACCUCCUCUGUUAACCCGCUUAGCUUUGGAACCACCUCCUCUGUUAACCCGCUUAGCUUUGGUACCAACACCCCUGUAUUUGGAACCCCCACCCACCAUAAUUUUGGCAGAGGUAAUCCAAAGCCUAAAUAAACAUUAGUAUUAGUU